AUGGGCUGGACAAUUGUGCACCUGCUGAUCCCAAUGACACUCAGCUGUCUGUCUUGCGCUGAAGAUAAGACAAAGGUUCCCGUUUCCUGUCCAGACUUCCAGAAGGCCUUUGGAGGCUCCUGCUACGAGUUUGUGGAUCUCCAGCAUACUUUUUACAGUGCGGAGGCUUGGUGUGAGCAGCGUGGUGGACACCUUGCAUUUAUCCCAGAUGAAGAAACUCAAUAUUUCCUUAAAAGAUUCUUGGAUCCCAAGAAGGAUGUGUGGCUUGGAGUUGCACCCUCUGCCUCUCCAAACCUGCAAUAUUCUCCAAUUGUUGAAGGUGCUCUCUCUUGGCUGGAUGGUUCACAUAUCACCUAUUCAAACUGGGUGAGCAGCCCGCAGCUAGGAGCAGCCUGUGGACACAUACUGAAAGACUCUGGCUUCCAAUGGGAAGCCACAAGAGACUGCAACCAAAAACGGCACUUUAUCUGCCAGUUUGACUCUGGGAGAUCCAUUGUGUGUGCAGGCCGUAACGCCACUCUGCAGUGUGGUUCUCAUCAAGUCCUAAUGAUAGAUGUCGGCUUCUAUGGUCGUGAGAACAUCCAUUACUGUCGAACCACGCCCUCCCCACCAUCAACAUCCACAGAACAACAGUGUGGCUGGGUGGAUGUUGUUGCAUCAUUAACAGCUCACUGCCACGGCCGUCAGGUCUGCCAGAUUGCUGAAGUUGUGGACUCCGUUGGUGACCCCUGUCCUCAGCUGGGGAGCUACCUGUCUGUGGACUACCACUGCAAAGAUGGACUCACACUGUCAGUGAGCACAGUGGCUGCUGUUUUUGAAAUCAUCACCAUUAGCGUGAAGUGGCUCCUCCAUUUGCCACAGGGAAACCUUAGCUGCAUGCUGAGUACCGGAGAUGGCCAUGUUAUUUAUCUGCAUAGUCCAGAGGGGCUGGAGAGAAGCGAGGUACACAGAUAUACUUAUCCAAGCACAUUUGUUGUGGCAGUUGAAUGCACCAGCAGAGACAUAUACAUUAGAGCUCAAAACAUAAUAACCAUUGAAGAGCCCAUAACAGUGUUUGGUGCCAUCAGGUGCUAUGCUAGGAAACGGUCUUUUCAUGCAACAAACUGCAAAGUCCUUUACAGGGAGCCAUUUCAAAUUCAAAUGGAGGUAAAAGCAGGUACAAAUGUGACCUACCGAAUCCAGAGCGAUGAAACGUUGUUGUCAAACGUAUCUGUGUUCAGAGGAAAUGUUCCCCAGAACAUCACAGUGACUCCAGAAAUGAUGAAGCAGCUAGGGCCUGGCUGCCACCAGCUGACCCUUUAUGCAUCUAACACGGUCACGUUCCCUGAAAUGUCCGCAGGCCUGCAGUGUUUGGCUUCCCACUGGGGUGCCAGUGCACAGAGGUCCCUGCAGAACAGAGGUUACACCCCUAUGACCCCUACCACUGCUGGUCCUGCCUCUACGUCACCUGGCGCUGCUAGUUACACCCCUAUGACCCCUACCACUGCUGGUCCUGCCUCUACGUCACCUGGCACUGCUAGUUACACCCCUAUGACCCCUACCACUGCUGGUCCUUCCUCUACGUCACCUGGCACUGCUAGUUACACCCCUAUGACCCCUACCACUGCUGUUCCUGCCUCUACGUCACCUGGCGCUGCUAGUUACACCCCUAUGACCCCUACCACUGCUGGUCCUGCCUCUACGUCACCUGGCGCUGCUAGUUACACCCCUAUGACCCCUACCACUGCUGGUCCUGCCUCUACGUCACCUGGCGCUGCUAGUUACACCCCUAUGACCGCUACCACUGCUGGUCCUGCCUCUACAUCACCUGGCACUGCUAGUUACACCUCUGUCACCCCUAUCACCCCUACCACCGCUGGUCCUGCAUCUACAUCACCUGGCACUGCUAGUUACACCUCUGUCACCCCUAUCACCCCUACCACCGCUGGUCCUGCAUCUACAUCACCUGGCACUGCUAGUUACACCUCUGUCACCCCUAUCACCCCUACCACCGCUGGUCCUGCAUCUACAUCACCUGGCACUGCUAGUUACACCCCUAUCACCCCUACCUCUGCUGGUACUGCCUCUACAUCACCUGAUAUUAGUGACGCAACUACCACCGAUAACACCAGUGACACAUCCCCACCAGCAACCACCAACAAUUUUGAUAGCCUCAAGUGUAAGCACCUGCGUUGCAGUAAUAACAAUGAAGUGAAGUCUGUCUUCCUUCCGCUUGGAGACAGCAAUUCCAAUUACAAUCUGAUUAUCACAGCAACUGCAAAUAAUAGCAGCUUUGUAGCUAGCACCACUCUAACUGCAAAGGUGCAGGGUUUCACAGCUGCCUCCAGCUCUUCAGAUGAUCUUAAGGCUACAGUGGAUAAUUCUUUAUCUCAGCUAAAGGAACAAGGUCUACUGUCAGGUGAAACUCUUCGUGAGAAGAUGCUGCACAUUAUGAUUGACACAGUAAAAGAAACUCCCACCAACACUCCAGGAGAAGUUCAGGUGAUAGCCAGAGGACUUGCUGCUGUCGUCAUGAAAGGCACUGAGCUCAGCUCCUCUGCUCAGAAAAAUAUCUCUGAUGCCCUUCUUCUUGCUAUGAACAAUACGCAGAGUGCACUGUUAGCAUUUAAACAAGUCAAUCGGGGGCCAUCUAUCAUCCAAGCGGCUCAUAUUGCUGUGUUUGUUAAUAGAGUGACACCGGGAAGUUUGCACACACAGUCUAUAUAUAUUCCCAACAGUUCCAGCCCCAGAUUUUCUCUCCCAAUACUACUCUCUAAAAUGUUACCUUCAGAUGAACCAGUGGAUGUACGAAUGCUGAGUUUCAACAAAAAUCCAUUCUCCUGGAAUGAGAGAGGGAACAUCAGUGGUCAAAUAGGAGCUCUAUCCCUUACAACAAAAGAUGGCUCCAGUAUCCCUGUGGAGAACUUGAGUGAGGAUAUUAAGAUUCUGUUGCUGAGCUCUGUUGGAGAGCAGGUAAACACCUCUGUGUUGAAACUGGGGAACUCCAGCACAACAUCCAUACACAUUCCUGCUGACACUACGCUGGUGUUAAAGAUGGUGCCUUCAAAUGAUCCUCUACCCUUCAAACUGCUCCUUGGUUAUAUGGACUACCCUACUGUAACAAAUAAUGUAGCUAUGACAGAAAUGCCUCACCAGGGAACAACACAAGAGGAGAGAUACACUUGGCUACUAGACCCUAAAGAUUUAAAGGGAAAGACUGGAAUGCACUAUCUUGUAGUGAGGCCCAUUGUAGGUCCGGGUAUAAAAUCCAUCAAUGCCACUUUAUCAAUUACCUCCAUCACUACCGCAUGCAAAUUUUGGGAUGAAUCAAAAUUGGAGUGGAGCACUUUUGGAUGCAGGGUUGGUGUUCAGACCACACCUUUAGUCACCCAAUGCCUCUGCAAUCACCUCACCUCCUUUGGAAGCUCUUUCUUCGUUACCCCCAACCUGGUCGACCCAUCACGCACCGCCGAGCUUUUUGGGACUUUUGGUGAGAAUCCUGUUGUUGUCUGCUUUGUGGGGUCACUCUUUCUGGCCUAUCUCUUGGUGCUUGUGUGGGCACGACGGAAAGACAUCCAAGACACAGCCAAGGUGAAGGUGACUGUGUUGGAGGACAACGACCCCAUGGACGAGUACUGCUACCUGUUGAGUGUCAACACUGGGCAUCGGAGAGGAGCCUCCACUUCCUCUCAGGUGACAAUCACUCUGCUGGGUGCAGAGGGAAACAGUGAACCCCAUCACCUGACGGAUCCAAAGAAAUGUGUGUUUGAGAGAGGUGCGGUGGAUCUGUUCCUGCUAACUACACCCUUCUCCCUGGGAGAGCUGCAGGGCAUCAGACUGUGGCACAACAACUCAGGGAGUCAUCCUGCCUGGUAUGUAGGCAAUGUCAUGGUGCAGGAUUUACAGACGGAGCAGAAAUGGCAUUUUCUAUGCAACUCCUGGCUGGCGAUAGACAUGGGUGAUUGUUCCCUUGAUAAAAUUCUUCCUGUUUCGACAGAGAUGGAUUUGAAGAGUUUCAGCAACUUGUUCUUUAUGAAGACUACAAAGGAUUUCAGUGACAGACACCUCUGGUACUCCGUGAUCAGCCGCCCACCGAGCAGCACCUUCACUUGUGUUCAGAGAGUUUCCUGCUGUUUCACCCUGCUGCUCUGUACCAUGCUGACCAGCCUAAUGUUUUAUGGCAUCCCAACAGAUCCCUCUGAGCAGAUCAUGGAACUGGGUCACUUUGAGUUUACCUGGCAACAGUUCAAGAUUGGAGUUCAGAGUUCCCUCAUUAUGUUUCCCAUCAAUAUCCUUAUUGUUACCAUCUUCAGAAACACACGUCCUCGGGAGACAUCUUGCUGCAAGUGCAAAACCGAAAAACCAGAGGCGCUUGAACAGACCUUUUUCUCACAGGCAGCUUCCACCGACAUGAAUGUCAAUGUCACUUUAGACACUGUCAUCAAGGAUAUCACAAGAAUUGCCCAUUCACUGUCUAAGACCGUGAAAAGCAACAUACCAUGCAUAGAGUCCGAGGUUGGGCCUGGACAACCAGUUGAUAUCAAUGCUGUCCUUUCUGUGGUGGAGGACUUCAUCAAACAGAAUCACAAAGCCAGCAACAACGCCCAGCCCAAAACUCUGAGCUCUGGCAACCUCGUUCAGCCUCAGCUACCAGCGGAGGAGAUUCAAAAGCAAAGCAACAAAGCCAAGUAUCUCUACCGGCAGCUGUGCCACAUUGACAAAGAGCUGAUUCUGCUGGGACCCUCCGGCUUCCCCACCCCACACAGCUACAGCCAGGCUCUGCAGCAGGUCCAGGACAUGAAGGGACAUCUCCAAGAUCAGCUCUUCACAUUCAGCUGUGUUAACCCGGAUGAACUCACCCAGAAGAAGUUGAGCCCUGCAGCGAGCACUGAGGGUGGUGGUAGUCUGAAGAAAAGGGGGUGCUGUCAUGGAGGGCUACCCUGGUGGUUUGUUUUUGUCGGCUGGCUGCUCGUGAUCUCGAGCAGUUUUGUAGCGGGAUUUUUCACGAUGCUUUAUGGGUUGAAAUUUGGGAAGGGACGCUCUGUGAGCUGGUUGGUGUCCAUGAUUGUCUCCUUUUUUCAGAGUAUCUUCGUCAUUCAGCCAUUGAAGGUGCUAUGUCUUGCAGUCUUCUUUGCACUUGUAACAAAGAAAAUUGAUGAGGAAGAUUUUCAAAAUGUGGCAUUUGAAGGAAAUGACAGAAACCUAGUUUGUAAGGACCAAAAACUAGUCAGACGGGAGAGAAGUCUCUAUGAGCCGCCUCCUCCUGCAGACGUUGAGAAGAUGAGAAGGAACAUGAUUAUGGAACAGAAAGCCUUUGCCCUCCUCAAGGAGAUUUUGACCUAUAUGGGGUUUAUGUGGAUGUUGCUGCUGCUGGUGUACGGCCAAAGAGAUCCCAAUGCCUUUUUCCUGAAGCGGCACAUCCAGGAUAGCUUCAGUAGAGGCAUCUCAGACAGCAUGAGUCUUGGGGAUGUCUUCACUUGGGCCAACACAUCACUACUAAGUAACCUUUUUGGAGUGUAUCCAGGAUUUAUCACAGAUGGAAACUCCAAGCUAGUGGGUAAUGCCCGUCUUCGUCAAGUCAGAGUGCAGAAUAACUCCUGUCAGAUUGCAGACCACAUGCUCCAGUUUGUACCAGACUGUCAGGCUGCAUACUCGUGGGAGGUGGAGGACAUGGGUUCCUAUGGCCCUGGCUGGAGCCAAUCUGCCAAGGAUAAUAUCUCUACAAGCACCAACAGGCCAUGGACAUACCAGACACAGGCUGAGCUCAGAGCUCAUGCUGUCUGGGGCAAACUGGCGCUCUACAGGGGCGGUGGCUUUGUAAUGGAGCUCGGCCCAGAUUCACAAAAUGCCAGCAGCACUCUUGAGUAUCUGUUCAGGAACAAAUGGCUGGAUAUUUACACAAGGGCAAUCUUUGUCGAGUUCACCGUUUAUAAUGCUAAUGUGAACCUCUUCUGCAUCGUCACACUCUUCCUGGAGACCUCAGCUGUAGGAGCGUUUCAGUUCACCAGUGAGCUGCAUAGUGUUCGUCUUUACCAAUCGCCGGAUGGUCUUUACAUCCUUGUUAUGGCGGCUGAGAUCGUGUACCUGCUUUUCAUCAUCUACUACAUGUUCCUGCAGGGCCAAUUAAUGAAGCAGCAGCGGUGGGCUUACUUCAGGAGCAGAUGGAACCUUCUUGAGCUGACUAUUAUCUUACUGAGCUGGAGCGCCGUGGCUGUCUUCAUUAUGAGGACCCUGCUUGGGAACCGUGAUAUGACCUACUACCAAAACCACAAAGACAAAUCUGCCAGUUUUUACGACACAGGCAAAGCAGACUCAACGCUCCAGUAUCUGUUCGCCUUCCUGGUCCUGCUCGCCACCUUCAAACUGUGGCACCUGCUCCGACUGAACCCCAAGAUGAACUUGAUGACGGUUGCACUGCAGCGGGCCUGGAGUGACAUAACCAAUUACCUUGUGAUCAUUGUGAUCAUGUGCCUGGCAUAUUCCAUUACGUGCAACGUGUUGUAUGGUUGGCAGCUGUCCUCAUACAGAACUUGGUUGGACGCUCUCAUUACCAUCAUCAGUUUGCAGAUAGGCAUCUUUAACUAUGACGAGGUCAUUGACUGCAACCCCGUGCUCAGUGGACUAAUCAUUGGUUCCUGUAUUGUGUUCAUGACGUUCGUGGUGCUCAAUCUCUUCGUUGCAGUGAUCAUCAUAGCAUUCAAGCAGGAGCGAAUAUAUCACAAGCCCUCUGACGAGGAGGAGAUUGUCGACCUGAUGCUGGAGAAAAUCUGCGGUCUUUUUGGGAUCAGAUAUAACGGUCCAAAAGACACCCUGGGGCCUGAUGUGAAAAGGGGCAGAGACGUGGGCCUUAAUAACAGCAGAAAUAUCCUUAACAGUUCCACAAUUGAUGCAAACGUGUUUCAGAAAUCUGGAAACUUAGUAAACACCUAGCAACAUUUUGUUGUAUUUCAUAUGUGAGUGUUUUAAAUACCUUGUAUGCCGUAAGAGCCACAUGCUCAUUUCAUCAUUUGUUGUUUGCCUGUUCUGCUCUGUGAUUAGGGUGUGAUAGAUUAUUACCACAUACAGAUCAUAAUGAACAUUGUUUGUGUAUAUUCAGACAAAGUUUACUUUAUUCACAGCAAUGAUUUGCUCCCAUUGACCUAAUUACGGAUGAAUUAAAAGAGAAUGUUCAAUAUAUAUUCAUCAAAUCACUUAAAUAAUAAUGAGUCAUCAAGAGGUGAGACAACUGGUGUGACACAGUGAAAUGGGAUAGGGAUUACAUUCCCUCAAUAUUAGAUAACAACAGAGAUAAUCUUACAUACACAAAAGGCAUAUACAUCUAAUAAAGCUACAAGAGAAGAAAAACAAAGCUCUAAAAGAUACUGUCGACACACAGUGUUUAAUUUCUUAUAAGUCAUAUGAGUCAGUGUUUAGAACUUUUCAGUACACA